AUGGAGACCUUCUCUCUGCUACUGCUUGGCUUAGGGUUCAUUCUUGCAGAAGCCUCAGAAAGUAUAAUGGGAAUAAUUAAAGAAGAAUUUGCAGAGGAAAAGAUGCAACCUGAGACAAUAAAAAGUGGCCAAGAAAAGGAGACUGAUGGGGUGUUAAUGAAUUUAACUCUGUUUAAUAAAAAUGACAGCCUCAGUCUGCCCAAGGAUGCUAUGCCCUCUUUACUACUGACAUUUAGGUCAUGUUGCAGCAUCCCCAAAGGAAACAGUCCUGUUAGUGACAAAGAGUGCUUUGGUAACAAGAUGACCUGGAGCAAAUUUUCAGAAGCUAAUGAGACGUACGAGUUAAACAAUUUUAUCCACAGCCCUGCUGAAGUGAUUCACAGAGUCCACAAAGCUUACAGCUGCAAGCGUGGGAAGAAUUGUGGCAUAUGGGUCUGUCAGAGCCCAGAACUGGAGAAUACUGUGUGCCAGCUCUCCCCAGGCAAACAAUUCCCCAGGUGUCAAUACCACAGCAUUACCUCAUUAAAGAAGAUAUUGAUGGUUCUGGCAGGUCAUUCUCUGAUGAGCUGGUUGGUCAGUGGCUCUAAAUUGUAAACUCCACAGGGAUGUGAGCCCUGGAUCCAUGUGAAGAAAAUUAUGUUCACAUUCAUAAUGCUUCUUCCCUUCUGUAUUCUAC